GGUGAAUGGAAACAUAAACGGCUACCGGUUAAUAAAGAGCGCUCUUGUUUCCUAAAGAGAGUGUAUUAUAAAUACGCUGGCCAGCUCUUACCUUUUUAGAGAGCAUCUACACAAACCAACCCGAUUGAACCGCUUAUGUUUGUGAGACGCAAAUGAUUUCGCUUCUUUAAAAGUAUUUUACUUUUUUAGCUCCUCUUUCAAGGCAGUGACAUGACUGAGAAGCGAUACUCCAGCAUGGACGAGUCGUCGCUCCGUAAUCUGCUGGAUAAGACUAUAGACCUAGACGAGCGUCGGCUGAUCCGGACAGCGAUUCGAGACCUACGCCGCUCUGAGAUUGAAGAAAUGGAGGCGGCACUGACCAGUAAACGCUUCAGACGUGCCCACCAGCACACACAUGAUGAUAAGGAAAACCAGUGCUGUCCUGAUGUGGCAGCUUCAUUAGAUGUGCUAUCGGGGAAGCUUCAGGCUAUUCACGACAUUGAAGAACUUACUGGACUGUUACGAAGCGCCAGUCAAUAUGAAGAAAGAAAACUGAUCCGUGCAGCCAUUCGCCGGCUGAGAGAUGAGCAGAUACGAGGAGCUUUAGAGAAGGUUGAGAGUGCCGGCAAGAGAACUGAGCCCAGACUAAAUUCCCACAGCAGCUUUGACCUGCAGGAAAGGCAGAGAGAGAACACCAGCAACGCAGAAACGCUCAUCAGCCAGUCGGAGAGAAUUGAGAACCACAGAGACGGCUCCACCCCUGACAUGGUUUUAGUACUAGAUCCUCUGGUUCGAGAGAAAGUCUCUUGCCCUCUUACCCAACGGAUUCAGUGUGAUCUUGGCUUGCCCUCCUCAGAAGUCAUUCCUUCGUACCGUGAGCAUUCUGACUCUGGAGGAGAAGAAGAGUUUAAUAGCUGUGACUCCCAUCAAAGAAAGAGGCAGAUCUCCAGCGCUUCAGACCACAGUCACAAAUCCUUCACCUGUAGCACUGACCAAAGCUCUCUCUCUGGACCAGCUGAAGAGAAGGUGGGUGCAGGUAGAUCUUUGUCUGGCAUGGUUUCAGAAACUCAGCAAAUUGAACAAGACCAGAAGAAACUUGACAAUGGUGUGGAGACGACUCUCUUUAGGGGCAGGGCCAGUUCAAGAGACUACUCACUGAAUGGGACCACCAAGAGGCCUGAAGACAUUUCAGAACGAAAGGCUGCAUCCAGUAGAGACACUCUCAGGUCUUCUCUCUCUAACGGCAUUGAAACAGAUUCUAAAAACAAAAGCGCAUUCUCUGGGCCCUUCAUUCGCACAAAUCCUGUGUGUGACAGAAUGCGUACAUUUGCCGAACCUGUUACGAAUGUGCCUAGAAGUAUCCAUGCAUCUUCUCAGUCAACAAACACACAUGCUACUUCAAAAGCGUCUGCAGACAAGUCCCAGGACACCCUGUCCUGUUCAUCCUCCAUCCAAAAAAAAGGGAGGAAUGUCAACGAAAAUGUGUUUGCCCAGCCCAAGCUUUUCUCCAGCCAAUCACGUGCCGCAGUGGGAGGCUCAAAUGGUCACAUUGAAAAUGUUAGGCAUGUGUGUAGUGCCUCAGAAGAAGCGCAGACUCCUGAGGGAACAGCAUCUUCAGGGACCCAGGACACCCGUGGGGAACCGGAGUCAAACAUGAAGACCUUCCUCAGCAUCGAGAUCAAAGAUGGGCGAAAUGCAACGUCACAUUCUUCACUGUCGUCUUCUACAGGUGUACACAAUAUGAGCCCUCGAAUCAUCACAGCUGCUGCUCCACAGAGAACAGAGCUGACUCUUGGUUUAAGAGCGACACCGUUCAAAAUCACCAGUUCGAGUCUGUCAUCUGGAUCUACUGUUAAGAUGGAGACAGAGCCCAUUUCUCUUGUGGUUGAGCCUGUGAGAGAGAUGAAGACCAGCACUUCUGUUCUUCCUAACGGCUCAUCCAUAAGCUCCAUCAACACUGAGGUGCAAAAUGAGAAGCUGACCUCAGAACAGCUGCAGGACAUCGAAGACGAGGAGAUCCUGGACAAAAUGCUUGAUGACUGUAAAGAUUUCGAAGAAAGGAAACUGAUCAGGGCUGCAAUGAGAGAACUCCGGAAAAAAAAGCGAGAGGCAAAGCUGGGAUGCACACAGGAGGAAAUGGAUCAGAGAGAGAAGGAGAGAGAUGUUCGUCUGAAGGAGCUCAGACAGCAGAGAGAAGAGAGGGCUCAGAAAGUUCGGGUGGGUGGAGACACCAGUGAAGUUGUGAUGAAGAAGAUUGAGCGGUCUGCAGAUGGCUCCACCAUCAGCCACAUAAACAGUCGCGUUUCGCAGACAGGUGAUGCUGGCAGGACGUCCCGCAGCACUAUCAUGGAAUCAAGCUACAUUCAAAAGACAGACAAAGGCACAGUUCAAACUAAAUCCUACAGCUACUCCAGCGCCACAGCUACAAGGAAGAUUGGCAGUGUUUUUGACCGUGAAGACGACAUGCCUCGAAGUGUGAGCAGAACAUCAGCUCUUGAGCACAGACAGACAGAGAGAACAGAGUUAAUGAGAUCUCAGACUUUACCCAAGACAUCCACAGCUCAGGCACGAAAAGCCAUGAUUGAGAAACUCGAGAAAGACACCGGAGGCAAUUCAGCGAUAACAGUAAACAAGGUGCAGCGUUCUACAAGCUUUGGUGUGCCCAAUGCCAACUCCAUCAAACAGAUGCUUUUGGACUGGUGCAGAUCUAAGACACGUUCCUAUGAGCACGUGAAUAUCCAGAACUUCUCGUCCAGCUGGAGUGAUGGUAUGGCGUUCUGCGCUCUAGUGCACAACUUCUUUCCAGAAGCCUUUGACUACUCCAGCCUCAGUCCCAGUAACCGCAGGCACAACUUUGAGGUGGCCUUCAGUACAGCAGAGGCCUAUGCUAAUUGUAUGCCCCUGCUGGAGGUGGAAGACAUGAUGAUAAUGGGUAAGAAGCCAGACUCCAAGUGUGUCUUCACGUAUGUGCAGUCACUGAUUAACCAUCUACGCAAAUAUGAGAUGAUGAGAGCUCGGGCUCAGCAUGCCACCGACUUCUGAUGCUGCGAUACGGAGGCGUGUCUUGUGAUCCUACAACAUAUUUCUUGUGAUACUACAGUAGCUUUACCGGAAGAUACAAUUUCCCCCCCCAAAAUAGUUUUAUUUUGAUUUUGAAGUCAAAAUCACCCUGGUUUAAAAAAGACGAGUUAAUCAAAAGUUACUAUUCUGUCAUCAUCUACUCACCCUCAUGUUGUUCCAAACUGUAUGACCUUCAUUGUUCCGUGGAAGACAAAAUAAGUUAUUUUGAUGUAGGCUGCUCUUUUCAAAGAAUUUGAAAAAUUACAAAGAAAUGGGGCUGGAACUUUCAGGCUUCAAAAGGGAUGCAAAAGCAUCAUAAAAGUAGUCCAUACGACUCAUGCAUAAUAAUCCAAGUCUUCGGAAGCCAUAUGAUGGCAUUCUCUGAUAAACAUUAGUUAAUUGCUCUAAAUUUUGAAAUCUACCCUAGCUCUUUGGUGCAUCCAAUUCAUAAACGGAUCAUCUUGCACGAGUAUACACACAUGAGUCAUAUGGACCAAUUUAAUGAUACUUUUCAUUAAAUUCUUACAUGGUGCUUUUGCAUGCUUUUUGAAGUUUAAAAGCUUUUGUCCCUAUAGUCAUUGUAAAAGCAUGGAAAAAAGUGACCAGAAUUCAAAACUUCAAGCAGUCAAUCAGGUUUGGAACUACAUGUAAAUGAUCAUUUUUAGGUGAACUACCCCUUUAAAAUUGUGUUUACUUUCAAGACAGAGCCAAAGAAUUCCUCCCAAUAACAGCUGUAAUAAGCUGCAAUUGCAUAUUUUUUAAAUGUAUGAAUAAGUUUUUUUACUCAAGUUUGUUUAAAGGUGCAGUACAAAAAAAGAAAACAAAACCAUUAAUCUGAAAAUCUACCAAAAUGUUUUAUUAAUGGUAAAAUAAUAACAAUUGCAAGCUGUAUUUGGUGUACUUCUCAGCCUUGUGUUGCCUACUAGAUUUCAUGUGUUUAACAUUGUUUUAUGAUGAUUGCCCAUAUCUAGUGUUUUUAAAUACUUUUAAAACCGUUCCACGGUACUGUUGCUUGUUAAAGGAGCUCAGACCUGCAUGCUUUUUCACAAGUUUACUUGAAGUUUCAGUUCUUUCUUGAACAAUUGAGAUUAUGCUGUCAUCUGUAUUGGUAUUGUGUUUAUUUAAGAACUUUGCAGGAAUAUUAUUCUCACUGCUUUAUAUGACUUCAGCCGUUUAGUGCAAAAUGCAACUUAAUGACUGUUUUUAAAUGCAUAUUUCUUAGAAGUAAUUGAACGUUUGGUUUUACACUGAACACCGACCAUUUCAGUAAGUUUCUCCUUUAGUAAGAACAUAUUCAUUUUGAAAUGAUAUACAGAUACACAAACAGCAGCAUGUACAGUAUAGAUGCACUUACAUACGGUCCUUAUUUAUGGAUGAGUAUAUCUUUGGUAUAUAUAUUCAUGAAGUCCAUAAACUUCAUUUGGAAGCAUUGAAGUCUGUCCUAAAUUAAAAGAUGUGUUCCUGAUUAAAGGGUCUGUUUGUGUACAGAGCCGAUCAAGAGAAAAGUCUCAUUUAAACAGUGUAUGUUAGUGGCUAAAUUCGAGCCAUGCUUGAUUAGGACAACUUGAGAAUAAUAAUGUUUGACCAGUAAGUUCUUUCUGAAAAGGUCAUUGAUAUUUAUAUAUUUGGUUCUAAAGAUGGUUGUAGUUUGAUUAAGGACUGCAUAUAAUUUAAUGACAACUGACUAAAUGCAAAGCUACAGCAACAACUGCUUCUUGAAGGUUGCACUAGUAAGGCAAAUGAGCAGUAAAGGUGAUUAUAAACAUUUGUUUGUACACACUUAUUUAAAACUUGUUUACUCGGUAUUUCCGAACACCAUUUCAUCUAGUAAUCAUUAAAACCAUAAAUUAUACCAAGAAGGUGUUUGUCAUUUAUUGU